AUGGACGGUAAUAUGACCAUGACAGAGCCAGAGCCACCAUCGCAACUGCUGCCACCGCCAGCGGCGGCAAUACAAUUAACAGAGCUAGUAUUUUCACUAGAGCAGGCAACCCAGAUGGCAAAACAACUCCCUGCCACGUCAGACCCAAGCUACCUCUCCCAAAUCUAUUCCUCUCUUCAUCACGCCAAUCAUUCUCUCUCCUCUUUCCUCUCCGCUACCCAAACUCAAUGUCCUCCAUUUCCUCAGCCUCCUCUGCCACUGGUUGCAGCAGAAAACUCUCUCUCCUCCGCCACUGGCGCCGCCAAUGAGGAUGGUAGUGAGCCGAUGCAAGUGGGCGAUGAUAAUGAAGCUGAGGCGGAGGGGAAUUCAAAGACAUCGAUUGAUAAGGUUGAGGAGAGGAUGAGGGAAUGCUUUAUCAUGAAUAAGAGGGCAAAGAGGCAGCUUUCGCCGUCGUCUGCGGCGGCGGCGGAGGAAAGGAGGAUUAGUGAAGAUAGAUUCGUGGGUGGUGUCAAGGGUUUUGAUCCUCUGGGGGAUAAGUUACGGGCUUUGGAUCUUGUCUACAAGUUUCAUGGGACGAAGGAUGAAUGCGAAUUUGUGAUCUCAAAUUUAAGAGGAAAUUAG